CCGAGCGGGGAGAGCUAGGUUCUGAGGCCGCAGCACCUGGCCGAGUUGGUUGACAGUGGACCUUAGGCAUCUCGCGACGGUCCAGAACUAUCAGGCUGCCCUCAGAGAUUUGAAAAAUGGCAACAAAUGAAAGCGUGGGCGUCCUCAGCUCAGCUUCCCUGGCUGUGGAGUUCGUGGACUCCUUGUUACCAGAGAAUCCUCUACAAGGACCAUUCAAAGCUGCUUGGAACUAUAUGCUGAGUAACUACACCAAGUUCCAGAUUGCGACAUGGGGGUCCCUCAUAGUCCAUGAAAUCUUGUAUUUCUCCUUCUGUAUACCUGGAUUCUUAUUCCAGUUUAUACCCUACAUGAAAAAGUACAAAAUUCAAAAGGAUAAACCAGAAACAUGGGAAGGCCAAUGGAAAUGCUUUAAAGUACUUCUAUUUAAUCACUUUUGUAUCCAGCUGCCUUUGAUUUGUGGAACCUAUUAUUUUACGGAGUUUUUCAGCAUUCCUUAUGAUUGGGAAAGAAUGCCAAGAUGGUGUAUGAUUUUGGCGAGGUGCUUUGGCUGUGCGGUCAUUGAAGACACCUGGCACUAUUUCCUGCAUAGACUCCUGCACCACAAACGGAUAUAUAAAUAUAUUCAUAAAAUCCAUCAUGAAUUUCAGGCUCCAUUUGGAAUGGAAGCUGAAUAUGCCCAUCCUUUGGAAACGCUCAUUCUUGGAACUGGGUUUUUCAUUGGAAUCGUGCUUUUGUGCGACCAUGUGAUUCUUCUUUGGGCGUGGGUGGCCAUCCGCUUGAUAGAGACUAUUGAUGUCCAUAGUGGUUAUUACAUUCCUCUCAACCCUUUGAACUUAAUCCCUUUCUAUGCUGGGGCUCGGCAUCAUGACUUCCACCACAUGAACUUCAUCGGGAAUUAUGCAUCAACGUUUACCUGGUGGGAUUGGCUUUUUGGCACAGACUCUCAGUUUCAUGCUUAUAAUGAAAAGAUGAAGUCAAAGAAGUCUGAGAAAAAGACUGAAUAAGUAUUUCUCAUAAACCUUCCUGGAGAUACACAUUUCCCUGAAUUGAAACUAGUAGGUAACAUUGCUUCUGGGGAGCAAAAAUAAACAUGUCUUGGCUGCUCAGUGAUAAGAAGAACAUUAACAACUUUCAAUUUUCUUCUAAUGGGACCUUUUCUACUUUCUACAGGUUCUGUGUAUGUAGGAAUACAUAGAUAUAUAUUUAAGUACAGUUUUUAUGAGGAAGUUUUAAAGGCCAUGUUGCCAACCUUACCAAGAGGUUUUAAAUAGUGGAAGAAGUAUUAGUCUAAGUUCUUUUUCCCCCAGUAUAUCAGAGGCCUGAAGUUGACAUUGGCCUUUAAAUCUUUUAGAUAUGUACUGGUCAUUUCACAAAAUUCAUAGUAGUAUUGUUGGCCUUGCAUUGACUUUAAACAUUUUUAGAAUUUGCCUAAAAUCAAAAUAUCAUGAAUUAAACUACAUCGGCUGAUGCCUGAUUCUGUCAAAUCAGGACUAACUUACAGCAAAAACUUCACUCUCUCCUGAAGCUCACCAGUUCAGGGCAAUUCUCUAUCUGAGAGUUGUUUUCAAUUGUAGUGCACUAUUGGCAUCUGUCAGAGAAAGCAUUCUGGCGCGAUGUGAGUGGAAUGCUUUAGUCAAAGUUUUUCAAAUACUUGAAUUUUUAAAAAUUGAGGAGCUUUAUUUCUGCUGUUUGCCCUUUCAUUUGUAUGUCAAGUUUUAAUUAUACUUAAAGCUGUACCUUGAGCCUUUGUGAACUGACUUACUGUAUUUGCACUUUGAGCUAUUGAAAUA